AUGUCAAAUCCAUCAAUAGAAUACAACCCUCAAUACCGACCUCGCCGAGUUCAAAAGGUAACUCAUUUACCUCAAGCUGAGAAGUGGCGCCAAACAAUUCUUGGGGAGAUUUCGACUGCGCUCACAAGACUCAAUGAUCCUGCCACCACUGAGAGCAGUCUCCGUUCUUUCAAUGACAAUCUCAAUCGGCUAUAUAAGGAGAAGAGAGCGUGGGAACAUCACAUCCGCAAAUUAGGGGGACCAGACUACAUUUCGCAUGGUGGUGCCGUACCAAUUGCGAGCCUGGUUUCAGUUGAUGGGUAUCGUUAUUUUGGACGUGCAAGGGAUCUUCCAGAUGUAAAGCAAUUUUUAGCUGAACAACAAGCUAAAAAGACUUUAACUCACAACAACAGCAACUUGGCAUCCACUGUUGAUUCAAGCGGUUUUGGUGGUAUUUAUUACGGGCAAGACUACAUUUCCCCAGUGGCAUUGUCAGCGAAUACGUUAUUGACCGCUUACGGUUACCCUGCGUUGAAUGAGGGUCUGGUUGAUGAUGAAAUUUAUGCAUACGAGUGCCAACGUAGCAAAGAGCUUUUCCGUGAGUACGCCGACGUAGCAUCGGAAACCUUGCUGCAAACACUCCCUGAUCCAGCAUUACUCCCUUCGGAGAAGGACAUAGAGGUUUUUCUAGUUGAGCAGAGGAGAAAGCAAUUAAUGACGAGGUUGAGUCUCGAGCAAUAA